AAGUGGGCAGCGGGAGGCGAAGGCAGCGCCCGCCCGCUCAGCGCGCCCGGAGCCGGGGCAGAGGCGAUGCUGCGCUAGCCAUGUCCAAGCACCCGCCCUCCUCCUACGGCAAGAACGGGCUGGCGGACGGGCUGCACACCCCCAUCUUCCAGGUGGCCCGCGGGACGGCGUCCCGGCGCAGCAGGUUGAAGCGAUCCGACGGCAGCACAACGUCCACCAGUUUCAUCCUGCGGCAGGGAUCAGCAGAUUCAUACACAAGCAGACCAUCAGAUUCUGAUGUAUCUUUGGAAGAGGACAGAGAAGCAAUCCGCCAGGAGAGAGAACAGCAAGCAGCUAUUCAGCUUGAAAGGGCAAAGUCUAAACCUGUAGCGUUUGCAGUUAAGACUAAUGUGAGUUACUGUGGCGCACUGGAUGAAGAUGUUCCUGUCCCAAGCACUGCCAUUUCUUUUGAUGCCAAGGACUUUUUGCACAUUAAAGAGAAAUAUAAUAACGACUGGUGGAUAGGAAGGCUGGUUAAAGAGGGCUGUGAGAUUGGCUUCAUUCCAAGCCCACUUCGGCUGGAGAAUAUCCGAAUUCAGCAGGAGCAGAAGAGAGGACGUUUCCAUGGCGGGAAAUCAAGUGGAAAUUCUUCUUCGAGUCUUGGAGAAAUGGUGUCUGGCACAUUUAGAGCUACACCCACUUCCACAGCAAAACAGAAACAAAAAGUGACGGAACAUGUUCCUCCUUAUGACGUAGUGCCAUCCAUGAGGCCCGUUGUGUUAGUUGGCCCGUCGCUGAAAGGUUAUGAGGUAACAGACAUGAUGCAGAAAGCCCUCUUUGACUUCCUGAAGCACAGGUUUGAUGGGAGGAUAUCAAUAACUAGAGUGACAGCCGACAUUUCUCUUGCUAAGAGGUCUGUCCUAAAUAAUCCGAGCAAGAGGGCAAUAAUUGAGCGGUCGAAUACCAGGUCCAGCUUAGCUGAAGUGCAGAGUGAAAUUGAAAGAAUCUUUGAGUUGGCAAGAUCCUUACAGCUGGUUGUCCUAGAUGCGGAUACUAUCAAUCAUCCAGCACAACUAAUUAAGACAUCUUUAGCACCGAUUAUUGUCCAUGUUAAAGUCUCAUCUCCAAAGGUUUUGCAGCGACUGAUUAAAUCCAGAGGAAAGUCACAAAGUAAACACUUAAAUGUUCAGUUGGUGGCAGCUGAUAAACUUGCACAAUGUCCACCAGAAAUGUUUGAUGUCAUUUUGGAUGAAAAUCAGCUUGAGGAUGCGUGUGAACAUUUGGCAGAAUACCUAGAGGCAUACUGGCGUGCUACACAUACCACCAGUAGCACACCUAUGACUCCUCUUCUUGGAAGAAACCUAGGAUCGACUGCGCUUUCACCAUACCCUACUGCAAUCUCCGGAUUACAGAGCCAGCGUAUGAGACAUAGCAACCACUCUACUGAGAACUCUCCAGUUGAACGAAGAAGUCUAAUGACCUCUGAUGAAAAUUAUCACAAUGAAAGGGCUCGGAAGAGCAGGAACCGCUUGUCUUCCAGUUCCCAACACAGCCGAGAUCAUUACCCCCUUGUGGAAGAAGAGUACUCUGACUCUUACCAGGACACUUACAAACCCCAUAGGAACCGAGGAUCGCCUGGAGGAUAUAGCCAUGAUUCACGACAUAGGCUUUGAGUUUAAGAACCUGGGGAAAAAUAGUAUUCAUUAGCUGACAACUUGCCAUAACAUAGCUAGGAAAAACAAAUCAUCUUAAUUUAGCAGGUGUAACAUGGUUUUACUGUAGUUACAAGCUGCUGCCAUUUGAUGCUUAAAAAAAGAAAUUCACCAUGCCCUGAUGUUUAGGAGGAAAUUAGCUUGCCCAAUCAUAUUGGAUUUUUUUUUUAGUACAGCAUUUGCAUUUAUAGCAGUACCUUUUUUCCUCGUUAGAUAUUCAACACAUCAGUUUGUAAUUUAGGGUACUUAUCAAGGCACAUAUAAAACAAUUUCCUGUUCUGGAAAUUCCAAAUGACCAGUUCCAGUUGGAACCAAUUUAUAAACCAAUUCUUGUUGGAAUUUGGGUGAACUGACUGGAAAGUCGACUUGAACAAGUUGCAAACAAUUGUAAAAAAAAAAGUGCAGCUGAAGAAAUAGAAAAU